AUGCAGUUUUCGCACACCGUUUUGUUGAUCAUCGGAAUUGCUUUCGGUAUACAAAUCGAUACGUACUCGAAUGACAAUACUACAAACGGAAAUGAAGGCACAUGUGACGAUAGGUACGUGCUUAUACAAAUGAAUCCUUUUACACCAACAGAAAACAUGGCAGAUGCUGAAAUGGUCAACGCUUUAUCAGAAUUUAUUAACAGUCCAUCCGUAGAAGAUGAUAAAGGAAAUUAUUUUCUUCGAUUGCAGGCGUUCAGGGAGCACUACACGAAGAAAACAGCCAUAGUAUUUCAACACAAAAAUUUUGAGCUGUACCUAUCGGAUACUAACGAUGAUAUCUCUCAUCAAGAUAGAUAUGCACUCAUCCCUGUGGAAAUGAAUAGAUUUGAUAAUAUUAACACAAUUGCUUGUUUUCUAAAACUCAACUGGUUAGCAAUCGUUGUGCACGACCCCACUAGACUAACUCUUAACUAUGAUAUAAAUGAAAUAACCAGUUUACCUAGUUCUGUAUCCAAAAUUCGCAUACAGAAAUGUUCAUUGGGAAGUUGCAGCCCGUUCGCAACGGGAGUUCCUUUAAUGGAUAGAGUUAUCAAAGCAAAAACGUUCGAAGAGGUGGAAAUAGUUGGCUUUGAAAUCCAUUUCAGCACAAUUUAUGAACUGAGCAAACUAAAUUUGAACAAAUUGCGCUUGGUUGGAUGUAGGAUAAUAUACGCACCACCAGCAAAUUUAUCAAAGGCACUUUUUGACAGGUUUGCCGAAUCAUACAAGUCCAUCAGCUUUGAAAAUGUGGAAUUCGUUGACAAAUCAUAUCUUAUCCUCGUUGAGAACUGGUCACCUUCGUCUGAGGGUAAGUCACUGGUUGAUUGUAGAAAUCUAUUGGAGCUGCGUUUACCGUCAUUGAAUGAUUCUCUUCUUAUAAACUUCAUCAAUCAGUCCUCUCUUCCAAAUUUAAAGAAACUAAAAGUGGCACCGGGAGACAAUUCUAACGCCAAAUUAGCAAUUUUUGAUGAUAAUAUGCAACUUGAAUACCUAUCUGUGAUGAUUGACGAUACAAGACAGGCUAUUGAAUUUCUAGAAAGCGUUCAUAUGUGGUGCAUUACACAUCUCGUUUUAACUUUUCUACCUGCGACCAAAACAACCUUUACGAAAUACGAAUUGAGAUUUGAUAUGAUGUCCCUCCGGAAACUCGAGAUAUAUGCGCCGGACGUGCCUAUGAAUUGUGGCUUUAUCGAGAUAUUCGAUAAAGAACUUAUGCCGAAUCUGUCAUCGCUAAAAAUUACGUGCUUUUCCAUGGAUAUUGGUUUAAUAAGAAGGAUCAGCAAACUUGAAUCGCUUCAACUUUUCUUUUUUUCACAACAAUGUAACCUCGUGCAUUUUUUUGAGGAGUUUGCAGCACAAAGUUGUUCCAAGGAAUCACUUCAAACGAUUUCUAUCGAUUCCAAACUAUCAAGAAAAACACUGAAAUUGCUUUCAUGUUAUAACAAAUUGAAUGAACUAGCUCUGUCACAAAAAAGUGUAAAAUCACUCAUUGAUGAUUAUUCAGGUCACUCCGGCAUACGACAGCUCAUUUUAGAAAAUGGAAUACGAAGAUUAUUUGGACUUUAUGAGUUGGUGAACUUUCCAAGCGUGAAAAUACUAAGGCUAACAGAGUUCACAGAUAUCUCUAUCCUAUACCGAUUCGUGAAAGCAAACUCGUCGAAAGUGUUUUACAACAUUGAAAAAAUAGCAAUGGAGUACGAUACAAGUCCGUUGAACACACAUAUGAAUCAGAGCUUGGAGUUUCUUCAGCUGAUGGUUUGCCCGCCCGAGAUCAUAGGAUGCGGACUUAAAGGACUCGUUCAAAGACUCUUUUCCACGUACAAACAAUUAAGAUCGUUUGUCAUUGAAUUGCCUCUCGGUCAUUUCUGCACUGAAGAGAUCAGCAAAUUUAAAAAAUAUUUUUCUGAUCAAACAUUCCAUCUGGAAGUAAAAUGUCGAUGGAGGGAUGACGUUAAUGAAAAAGACGCUCUCAUUUGGGAAUUUUCUAGUUAA